AUGGGUAGAAAACAAAAAAGUAAACAAGGAGUUCCCCCUACGUUAGAAGAAACUCGCGGGACUGGCAAAAAGCCCGAAGCAAAGGUAGAGAAAAAGAGAAAACCAACGGAAGAAACUGCGGCUUUACAACCUCCUAAAAAGCAAAUUGCCCAGGAAAAGAAGAGCCUUUUUGAGGAAUCGGAAUCUGAACCGGAAAGCAACGAUGUGAAAGCAGCUGGUGAUGAAUUUGAAGAAGCCGACGAAUCCUCAGAAUUAGAAGACGAAGAAAAUGUUGAUCAGGCUCAAGACGAAUUUGUCCAAGGUGAUGAAGCUGAAGAAGAAUCAGAACAGGAUUCUAUUUUUGAUUCUGACGAAGAAAGCCGCGGUAAGCCUAUGUUUAGUGAUGAUUCAGGGGAAGAAGAUGAUUUACAAGUUGCCAACCUGGAAGCCAUGUCUCGUAAGCUAGAUGAAGAGGCUGAAUUGGAAGAAAAGGAAGCUGAAGAAGAGUUGCAUACCAAUAUCCAUCCUACUGCUCCUACUAUCCUUCCCCCUAAAGAAGAGGGCGGCCUUGCCGACGGUCAACCCAUGAGCGCUUUUACUCAGGAUUUGUCGCAAAUUCAACUCCGCAUUCAAGAAAUCAAUCGUGUCCUAAAUGACUUCAAGAACCUUUGUGAACCUGGCCGUAGCCGCGCUGAAUAUAUUGAUCAGCUUAUAAGCGAUGUUAGUGUCUAUUAUGGUUACUCAAAGUUCCUCACCGAAAAGCUUUUUGAACUCUUUUCUGCCUCCGAAGCCAUUGAAUUCUUUGAAUCCAACGAAUUGCCUCGUCCUGUUACUAUCCGUACAAACACUCUCAAAACUCAACGUCGUGAAUUAGCCCAAGCUCUUAUCAAUCGAGGUGUAAACUUGGAGCCUGUUGGUAAAUGGUCUAAGGUUGGUUUGCAAGUCUUUGAGUCACAAGUUCCUAUUGGUGCGACCCCUGAAUACCUCGCUGGUCACUAUAUUCUGCAAGCUGCAUCUUCAUUUUUGCCCGUAAUGGCCCUUGCCCCUCAGCCUAAUGAACGAAUUCUCGAUAUGUCUUCUGCUCCAGGUGGUAAAAUUACUUAUGUCGCCGCUUUACAGAAAAACACUGGUGUUAUAUUUGCCAAUGAUGCCAAUAAAGCUCGUACUAAAGCUUUAACCGCCAACAUUCAUCGUCUGGGAGUACGAAAUGCAAUCGUUUGCAAUUAUGAUGGUAGAAAGUUCCCUAAUGAUGUAUUGGGUGGCUUUGAUCGCGUUAUGCUUGAUGCUCCUUGCUCUGGUACCGGUGUCAUAUACAAAGAUCAAUCUGUGAAAACAAACAAAUCUGAGCGUGACUUUGACACUCUUAGCCAUCUUCAGAGACAGCUACUUUUGAGUGCUAUUGAUUCCGUUGAUGCCGACAGCAAGACUGGCGGUUACAUUGUUUAUUCUACUUGUAGUAUUACCGUUGAUGAAGAUGAGGCUGUCAUUCAAUAUGCUUUGAAGAAACGUCCAAAUGUUAAGCUCGUUUCCACUGGCCUUGAGUUUGGCCGUGAAGGAUUUGUUCGUUUCCGUGAAAAGCGCUUCCACCCUAGCAUGAAAUUAACCCGGAGGUAUUAUCCUCAUGUUCACAACAUUGAUGGUUUCUUCGUUGCUAAGCUUAAGAAAGUUUCAGACAAGAUUCCUCAAACAGUUAAUGAUGUUGCUGAGGCAGAAGAAGAGCACGACAUUGUAGAAGAAGAUUCCGUCAAUGCAAACUCUGAGAAUGAUAGCCUCACUUUCGACGAUGAAGCUGAUAAAGCCAUCAUCGAGGAAAACCGUAGAAAAUGGUUGAAGUCUAAGGGUUACAAGGUUUCUAAAAAAAACUAA